GGCGCUGUGGGGCUAGCUGCUAAGCGAUCACCCGGUGAAAGUCUCAGUUCUGCCCAUAAACGUUUACAUUUUUUUAUAUUAUCACAUUUAAAUUUUUCGGCACUGUGUUUAGAUCGACGCUGAUCUGUUUAAUACCAGAUGGAGAAAAAAAAGAAUAAUCAAACUUUAACAUAAUUCAGCUCCGAUAAGCUGCUCUUCAACUGUCGCAUUUAUGGACACAUAAAACGGGCUUCAACCGAACUGUCCGGUUCGGUUCCGCCUUCAGCACAGGUUCAAGUUUGUGUUUGUCUCAGAGGGAUGAUGGUGAUCUCUCAGCUCUUCAUCCUGUCCUCCAGAGGCGACCACCUCAUCUACAAAGACUAUCGUGGAGAGGCAGGAAGUGAUGUCAUCGAUAUCUUCUAUGAGAAGGUCACAGCGCUGAAGGGAGACCAGCCUCCGGUUGUCAUGAACCACAAGGAUUUGCACUUUGUCCACGUCAAGCAAGGAGGACUCUACUGGGUUGCCACGACGACAGCGGACUCCUCCCCAUUCACCAUCAUCGAGUUCCUCAAUCGACUCGCUGCUCUGGUCAAAGAUUUCUGCGGCGGCAUCUCAGAGAAGGCCGUCCAGAUGAACUACGCUCUGAUCUACGAGCUGCUGGACGAGGUUCUGGACCACGGAUACAUCCAGACCACGUCCUCCGACAUCCUGAAGAACUUCAUCCAGACAGAGGCUGUUUCCUCCAAAACCUUCAGCCUGUUUGACCUCAGCAACGUGGGGCUGUUUGGAGCAGAAACUCAGCAGAGCAAAGUUGCUCCAGGUUCUGCUGCCACCAGACCCAUCCAGUCUAGCAGAGAGCAGGGGGGGAAGAGCGAGAUCUUUGUGGACGUGAUCGAGAGGAUGUCCGUAGUCAUUGGAUCAAACGGGGUUCUGAUGAAGGCUGACGUGGAAGGAGAGAUCCGGGUCAAGUGCUACAUGCCAAACUGCUCCGAGAUGAGGAUCGGUCUAAACGAGGAGUUCUGCAUAGGGAAGGCCCAAGUCAGAGGAUACGGAGCAGCGGUGCGGGUCGAUGAGUGCAGCUUUCAUCAGAUGGUCCAGCUGGAGGAGUUCGACAGCCACAGGAUCCUGCGUCUCUGUCCGACACAGGGAGAGCAAACGGUGAUGCAGUACCAGCUGAGGGAUGAGCUGCCGGCGCCGCUGCCUUUCCGCCUCUUCCCAACCAUAGAGAGGGACCCUGCUGGAAGGCUCCUGAUGUACCUGAAGCUCCGCUGUGAUCUUCCACCAAAGAGCUCUGCCAUCAAUGUCAGCAUCUUCAUCCCGGUUCCAAAAGGCUCUGUCAGCCUGUCCCAGGAGUUGAGCAGUCCGGAUCAGAACGCUGAGCUGCAGCAGCAGAACCGAGCUGUGGUCUGGAGGAUCCCGCGUUUCUCUGGAGGAACCCAGCUCUCCGCCCUGUUCAAGCUGGACGUCCCGGCACUGAGCUCGGCCUCCAUGUUAGAGCUCGGUCCGGUCGCUCUGACCUUCGAGCUGCCCAAGCUGACCGCCACCGGACUGCUGAUCCGCUUCCUGCGCCUGACUCCGGUCCAGCCCGGCACGCCGCAGCGCUGGGUCCGAUACGUCACUCACUCCGACUCCUACGUCAUCCGGAUCUGAACUGGGAUCAACCAGAACUACGUCUGUAAAUAAAGUUGUGUUGAACCAAGCCAGA